UGACAAUCGUGCGUGCCGCUAUUGAUGACUGGCCUCGUCGUUUGAGGGCCUGUGUCAAAGCCAGAGGAGGCGAUUUUGAAUGAUAUUGUCAUAUGUAAUUCCUGAUUUUGUGUACUUCAUUUUAAUAUAUACUUUAUUAAACUUUCGUUGGUAUAUUUUAUGUAGAUAAAGAUUAUUGCAGUAACAGAAUUUAAUAACCAACUAGGUAGAAAACAAUGCAAUACAUAAACAUAUCAUUAACGCAGUAGCGUGCCCUCGUGCUAACGGUCAGGUUGAAAGGUAUAACCGUACAUUAUUAGACUCAUUAAAUACCAGCGUGGACAACGAGAGAGACUGGGAUAUGAAGCUGUCUGAGGUGACUUGGGGUAUGAACAAUUUACAUAGUUCAUCUACUGGAUUUACUCCUUUCAAACUAAUGUUUAGCGCAAGCCGUAGCAGAUAUCAAGCAAUAGCAGGAAAUUCCUUCGACGACGAACAAACUGCGGAGCAAACUCGGUGCACUGCAUCAGGUAAUCUUAAAAGAACGGCAGAGGUCAUGCAAAAACAUUUUAAUGCAAAGCGGAAACGACCAACGAAGUACAAGGUAAAUGAUUUAGUACUGUGGAAAGGCGCGGCUGAUAGAAACAUCAACGUGAGGCGGAAACUGAAAGAAAAAUUCAGUGGACCAUAUAAGAUUACAAAAGUGGCAGGUAACGAUAGGUACGUAAUUACGUCGCUUAAAGGAGUGAAGGGCUAUAAGCGGUUUGAAGCUUUAGUAUCUUCGGAUUCAAUAAAGAGAUUUCAGAGGGAGACUGAUGUGACAGAAAGUAGUUCUGAUGAUAGUCAGGUAGAUAGUACAGAGGAGUUAAUUGAUUUACUGGAAGGAUAAAUUAGCCUUGGAUAUUUCUAUUUAUUUGGGAUAAAGGACUUGGAUAAAUUAUGAAACAAGCAAAAAUAUAUGAAAGAAGUUAUAUGGUUAUUUAUUGGUUUAAAAGACAAAUUUGAGAUAUUUGUUGGAUGGAAUAGUUUAUUAUUGGAUAUGAAUGUUGGCUAUUAAUGGAGUGACUAUGGUUUAAGAAUGGAAAUAGAUAUUGGUUAUUGUAAUGUAUGUGGGUAGACUUAUGCUACCACAAUAGAGGGUAGAUUUCGUACCUGUCUUUGUCGAUCGAUUAAAUGCAAUACCGAACGGACGUGUUUCAGUGAUCUCCUCAUAUCCUGGAUUCCCUGGGCCCUAAGCAGAUAUUUCUCAGUGGCGACGAGAACAAUUGGACACUAGUGCAUUUUAAAAGUGUAAAGUUCGUGAUAAACAGUGUACGACAUGCCUGUGGGAAAAGUCGGACCGUUUGACCUUGUCAAUGACAAUUGGGAGCUGUUUGUUGACCGUUUAGAACAAUAUUUCGUUGCAAACGAUGUUAAAAACGAAGUGAAAGUGGCUACACUAAUAACAGUGAUGGGCGGAAAUGCGUAUGAACUUAUGGUGAAUUUGUGCACACCAGCGAAACCGGCGAGCAAAACAUAUGACCAGCUGGUCGCGCUGAUGAAAGGUCAUCUAAAUCCAAAGCCGAGUUUGCUCGCAGAACGUUUUAAAUUCCGUCAACGUGUGCAAAAGCGUGAUGAAAGUAUUGCGAACUUUGUAACGGAUCUUAAAAAAUUAAGUAAGGACUGCAGUUUCGCAGGGGAUAGCUUGAAGGAGAACUUGAGGGAUCAGUUCGUGUGCGGCCUAUUAAACGACGACAUCAGACAGAAGCUGUUCACGGAGGACGACACGAUCACGUUCGACCGGGCGUACAAGCUCGCCGUGUCCAUGGAGGCGGCCGAGGUCAAUGCGGCGCUAGUAGAAGACUGUGCUCGGAAUCGAACCAGCGACAGUAUACCAGCGGCGGGCGCGACGACAGCCGUGCAUCAUUUGGGGCGGGCGAGCCGGGGCCGGGCGGCGGCGGACGGCGGUCGAGCGGCGGGAACAGCGGGCCGCGGGAAGAUAACGGUCGGCGGCGGUCCAAGCGCCAUGAGCGGAGCGGGCAGCGGAAAGAUGCGAGGCUUCGGUCAAAAUAAUAAUAUGGAUUUAGAUGGAACAUACUGUGAGGUGUUUGCGGAGGGCUUGGGCCGGUUCACCGGGGGCACGGUCGGGUUCCACCUUCGGCCGCACGCGCGGCCGGUGUUCCUGCGCGCGCGCCCCCUGGCGUACGCGCUGCGCGAGCCGGUGGAGCGCGCGCUCGAGCAGAUGGUGCGCGACGGCAUCAUCACGCCUGUCGCCACCUCCGACUGGGCCACGCCGAUAGUGCCGGUAGUUAAAAAAGAUGGCACCAUACGGGUAUGUGCUUCUGCCCAGGUCUUCGGAUUCAAUAAAGAGAUUUCAGAGGGAGACUGA